AUGUAUAUCUGUGCUCUGGGUUAUGACAAUAACGCUGACCUGGUGGAGGACCUGCUCAUGCUGAUGGCCCGAGACAAGCACAGUGCUGAGGCGGCGUUCGCACGUGUGUGCUCUGGCCAUCAAGCAUAUGUCGGAUGCAGCCAGGCGGCAAGCACCCUCUGGAGUGGAGCCCCACCUCACCUCUCCAACAUCACCUCCCUGCAGACUGCGCCGCCAACAAGCACCCGAGAGGCCUGGGAGAUGCUGAAGCUCUUCAAAUCUAAGAACAGAGUUCCAAAAGAGCCGCUGCUGGAGGACUUCCUGUCGGUGUGCUGCAGCGAUGGUUCCUCUCAGAGAGCCGUGGAGCUGGUCCAGCUGUCUGCAGCCUUCUGUCUGUCUGCUACACCCAAAUUGGCCAAGAGAACCCUGGCUGAGUUAGAUCUGACCGAGGAGCAGAGAGCCGUUUUAUCUGAGCUGGAGUCGACAGGAGAGUCCUCAGGCUGAAGGAGACCUCUGAGCCCAUCCAUUGAUACAAACAUCUCACAAUUUCAUAGUGUGUUUCAUUAUCUGUGUGUUAAUAAACGUUAUGUCACAACAUCA